AUGUCAAUUCUCAGUGAAAAUGAUUUGACUGAAUUACAUAAGGACUCAUUUGAAGGCUUGCUAUCCCUCCGAUAUUUAAAUUUUUCCUGCAAUAAAAUACCGUCUACUGUACAACGUACAUUUGAACCACUACCUUUUUUGCAGUUUAUAAAUCUUGGUUGCAAUUUACUCACAGAACUUAGAUUUGGAAAGUUUCAGGCCUGGCAUGGAAUACAGGUAUUAUACAAGUUAAUUCUCAAUCGUAAUCCUUUGACAACAGUUGAAGAUUCUUAUCUUUUUAAAUUGCCAGCAUUAAAAUAUUUAGACAUGGGAACAACACAAGUGUCACUUACAACAAUUGAAGGCAUCCUCAUGAUGACCCUUGAAUUGGAAAAACUGAUCUUACCUAGCCGUAUGGCCUGCUGCCUCUGCCAAUUUAAAAAUACCAUUGAGGUUGUCUGUAAGACAGUCAAGAUGCAUUGUGACAGUGAAUGCCUGACAGAAGUCACACAUUGUGAUGAAGAAACAUCUAUAGGGAAUGCAAAAGGAUCGUUGAUGAAGAUGUUGCAAGCCUGGAAGAAGAACAGCAGCGAGCUGAGUAUUGAGUCAGAGAGGGCAUCCUCAGAUAGUGCUGUCAGCUUGUCAGGCUUCAUGAAUGAGCAGCUGGACUUUAAAAAUAAAAGUGAUAUUAUCAGUGCACUGAAUUACAUACUGCCUUUUAUCUCAGAGGGAAAUCUAGGAGAUGUGGAAUCAACAUUAUUACCAUUCAUUCAACUUCUUUUUUCAAAUAACAGCCUAGCAAAGAUUGAGAGUACAGAGAAAAAGCUGCUGAGAGUGAACAGGGUCCUCAGGGGCCCAAGGGGCAUACAGAAAAUGCACCUCAAAGCAGUGGGAGAUGAGAGCGUCAGGAGGAAACGGAAUGCCCAGAAAUCUGUGGCGAACACUGCCGAAGAAAGAAGGCUCAGGAGGCCAUCCCCAAGAAAGCUGAAACAGCUUCUCAUGGUGCAGAGGCCCAGGAAGCUGGUGGGAACGUCGUCCAAUGCAGAGUCUUCAUUCAUAAAGGAACACAAGGCAGCAGGCUCCUCUUCCCUGAAACAGUACUUCAAGGGCAGGCCUUUUGCCUCCAUCCGUCCAAAAUCCCCAUCUGAGGUUAAAAGCAAAUCAAAAGACUUAUCCCACACUAUUUUUGUUUUAGAAGCUGUAAAGUCUAGAGUUAGAAAUAUUGAGGCUCCUGAACUAAUCUCACCUUCUGGUGAAAAAUAUAUCUUGCAUAAAACUCAGUCUCAUCGGGUCCACAGAAAACCCAAAGUCAAAAGGAGUCGAAAGUUCAGAAAGAAAAGUUCACUCAGUAGAAUGAUGCUUGCAAGCUCUCCGUUCUCUGUAGCAAGGAGUCUCAUAAAUUACACUUCUGCAGAAAACACUAGUUCAGAAAACAAUACUGCACAAAAUGUUUCUGAUGAAAUUAUUUCUAGAGGAAACUCUACUCUGCCAGGAGGAAACGGCCCUGGAAACACUACCCAUAGGAACGUCUCCACUGCACAUUCUACUGUUGCUGCAGAUGACAGUAUGCCAACUGUUCAACACACCCAAACACAAUGGGAGUACCACAACAUGGGCACUGAAUUAUCCUCCGAGCCCACAGGCUUCACUUUCCCAGGGCUCACAUCCCCAGGUGAUGAAGUUGAAACUCAGCUAAACCAGCAGCUCUGGUCCCUCAUCCCCAAUAAUGACAUGCGAAGGCUCAUUUCUCAUGUUAUCCAGACUUUGAAAAUGGACUGCUCAGAGGCCCACGUGCAGCUGGCCUGUGCCAGCCUCAUCUCUAAAACAGGCCUCCUGAUGAAACUUCUCAGCAAGCAGCAAGAAGUAAAUGUUUCCAACGCGGAAUGGCAUAUGGAUCAGUGGAAAACUGACAACUAUAUCAGUGAGAGCACAGAAGCCCAGAGUGAGCAGAAAGAGCAGCAGUCAAGUGAGCACACAGAAGAAGUUUCAGGAUAUGGCUAUAACAACAAACUCAUCUUGGCAAUAUCUGUAACUGUAGUAAUGACGAUUUUGGUUACAAUUCUCUGUCUCAUUGAGGUAAGGACAAUAAUUAUUUAUUCUCAUAGACUUGCAAAAGAGGAAGUGAAAAAGAGAAGCAGAAGGGGCUUUUUUCGAUUUCUGCUGCGUAAGAGAAGCUCAGGGCAAAGUGAGAGUCAGGCAGAGGCCCAGACUCAGCAUCCAGAGCCCACUGAAGAGGUAGAACCACCUCCACUUCAGCAGGAGGCUCCAUCUCAGCCUUCAGAGGCCCCUGAGGAACUAGAAACUUCAAGUUCUCAGGAGGCCCUCGCCCAGCCUUUGGAGACACUUAAGGAGCUUGUAGUUCGACCAGUAGCACAUCAUGGGCGUCACGCUCAUUCCAACUUGCCCAGUGUUACACCUCAACCUCUGAAUUUGGAAUUAACCAUCACUCCAGAGCCCACUACAGAAGCUGAAUUUCCUGCAGCUCAGCAGGAGGACCUGACUCCACCGCUUGAGCAUCCUGAGGGGACAGAAUCUUCUCCAACCCAACAAGAGACCUCAGCUAUGCCUCCAGAGCCUCCUGGAGAGGUUGAGCCUUCAAGGGAGCAGGAGCAACCAGCUCAGCCUUCUGAGCCUCCUGGGGAAGUGGAACCUUCUCCGACUCAACAGGAACAGCCAGCUCAACCUCCAGAGCAUCAUGAAAUGACAGUUUCACCUCCAAGUCACCCUCAUGCUCAGCAUUCAGACUUAUCCAGUGUCAUUGUCAAACAUGCAGAUGUGGAGCUUACCAUAACAAAAGAACCCACUCCAGAGGUGGGACCUUCUCCAAAUCAGCGAGACUAUAGUUCUUCCAACAUACCACGAGGUGACACUUCCAAACGAGAGCAAGUUCCGGCUCAGCAUCCAACCUUAACUGAGGUCACAGUUCAACCUUUGGACCUGGAACUUACGUUAACUCUGGAAUCCAGUUUAGAGGUUGAACCUUCUCCAACCGUGCAGCAGACCCAAACUCAGCCUCCAGAGCUCAUUAAGGAAGUUGUAGCUCAGUCUCCAUUGUAUCCCGAGGUGCCAGUUCCAGCCCCAGAUCAGGAUCAUGCUGAGCAUCCAGUAUCACCCAGUAUCAUAGUUAAACCUUUGGACCUGGAGCUUAGCAGAACUCCACAAUCUACUACAGAGUCUGAAUAUUCUACAGCCCGGCAGCAGACUACAGCUCCCCCUCUAAAACACCCUGAGAUGACACUUGCACAGCCAAACCACACUCAACUCACAAAAAAGAAGCAGCCGGAACAGAAUGCCACCAUAAACUUCAGCAUAUGUGAGCUCUGUACCUGCAAAAAUGAGGCGCUGUCAUGUAAUGGUCUCAGCCCAAAGCAGAAGCUCCACAGAGUGCCUGAGCCAGAGCCUAACGCCUACAACGGCACCUUCACCAUCAGAGAUUUUUCCUGCAAUAAAAUACCAUGUAUCGAAAGCAUUACAUUUGAAACACUACCUUUUUUGCAGUUUAUAAAUCUUGGUUGCAGUUUACUCACAGAACUGAGCUUUGGAACGUUUCAGGCCUGGCAUGGAAUGAAGUUUUUACACAAGUAAAUUCUCAAUUGUAAUCCUUUGACAGCAGUUGAAGAUUCUUAUCUUUUUACAUUGCCAGCAUUAAAAUAUUUAGACAUGGGAACAACACAAGUCACAGCAAUUGAAAGCAUCCUCAUGAUGACCCUUGAAUUGGAAAAACUGAUCUUACCUAGCCGUAUGGCCUGCUGCCUCUGCCAAGUUAAAAAUACCAUUGAGGUUGUCUGUAAGACAUUCAAGCUACGUUGUGACAGGGAAUGCCUGACAGACGUAACACAUUGUGGACAGGUGUAA